AUGCAUAGAAAGUAUGCGUUCCUGUUAUGCACGAUCGCGCUGGUUUCGUGUCGAUCGUCGAAUGGCCAAUACCAAUCGCCUCAACAGGCAGCGAUUUUGAGCGACGCGAGAUACCUAGCUGGAGACGGGACUUUUGGUGCCGCUUAUUCGCAAGAGGAUGGCGUCGAGUUCAAAGAGGAAAGCGACGUCUACGGAAACCGUCGUGGGUCUUACUCCUACGUCGACCCGACUGGACAAAGGCGUACUGUGUCGUACACAGCUGGAAAAGACGGUUUCCAGGCGUCCGGGGACGGUAUUCCCGUUCCACCCCCGCAAGUUGCACCCCAGCCGGAGUACGUGCCAUUGCCACAGUACAAUCCACCGGACUAUCAACCACCUAGAUACAAUCCACCCCCGCAACAACAGUAUCAACGACCAAAUCCACCGGUGUACGAGCCUCAACCACAACCACAGCCACAGCCACAGCCUCAACCUUCGUAUGAACCUGAGCCACAAUAUCAAUAUAGGCCACAGCCUCCACCACCCGAAGCCCAACCAUUUCCCUCGUACAACAACAAUCCUAGGCCACAGUAUCAACCCCCAACCAGACCACUGCCGCAAUACAACGCCAUCACGACGCCACCCCCGCGCAGAUUUUAUCCACCUGGAAAACUGAGCUUCAACAGGACCCCCGAUGGCUACUCCUACACGUUCAGUAAGAGUUAA